GCUGGCACCGGCUAUAAAGGCAGGGCUCCCCCAGCAGCCGGCAUUCCCCAUCACCAUGGGCGCUCCCCUGCCCUGACAGCCCCUGCCUCCCCCGGGCUCGCCGUCCUCGCUGCCUUAGCGUGGCCCCGGGGUGGGAUGGUGUGAGCUCCCCCCACCCCACCCCCGGCUGGUUCUUGGCAGCAGGCGAGCCCGCCAGCCGCUUGGAUGAUUUGAUUUCUUCCCUGCCCGAAAUUACUCCUGCCCAGAUGCAGUGGAUAAUAUUCAUGUUGCUGUUAUUCAUCAGCUCCAUGGAAAUGCUCACGCAGAACCGAUGGAAGAAGCAAGGUACGGUGCGCGUGGCUGGCUCGUCCCACUCAGUGAGCGCUGGCCUGCUGGAGAACUGCACGGGCUGCGUCCUGUGCUCGGAGGACAACGGCUGCAUCACCUGCCACCACCGGCUCUUCCUGCUCAUCUGGAGGGAUGGCAUCCGCCAGUACGGGAUGUGCGUCCACACCUGCCCUCCCGGCUACUUCGGCGUGCGGGGUCUGGAGGUCAACAGAUGCACAAAGUGCAGGUCACCCAGCUGUGAGAGCUGCUUCAGCAGGGACUUCUGCAUGAAGUGCAAAGACAAGUUUUACUUGCACAAGGGCCAGUGUUUUCGGCAGUGCCCCCCCAGCACCGCGGCACAGCCCGGCACCCGUGAGUGCCAAGAGACGUGUGAGCCGGGUCCAUGGAGCGAGUGGAGCGCCUGCACCCACGAGAGCCGGACCUGCGGCUGCAAGUGGGGUGUGGAGACGCGGGUCCGGGAGGUGCCAGCAGCCGCCCGGGAGGAGGGUGCUGCCUGCCCAGCGCUGCUGGAAACAAGGAAGUGCCGUAUGAGGAAGCACUGCCCAGGAGAGAAAACUGAACCCAAAAAUAAAGGCAAAAAGCGACAGAAGAAGCCGAAGACAGAAGCACAUGCGGGUACCUAACGGCACUGGCACGGGAGCUGGGGCAGCACGGCGGGAGCCAGGCGGGAGCUCUCUGUGCCAUGGCCAGCAGCACCAAGAGCUCCCGACCGGCUCCCACCGUGCUGCCCCAGCUGCGUCGCCCCCAUUUUUCCAUCCACAAAAAAAUUGCACAAUUUUCUCCCCCUCCUCCCCUUUUCUUUUGAGACAAUUUAUGGCCUGUAAAACAUUUCCUUUUCAGAAAAUCUAAUUUGCAGUGUCCAAAGCAAUGCCCUGGGGCUCGGGGAGGGGGUGACUCCUUUAUUUUUCUGUUUUUCUCUCUCCCCCAGCCUGCUUGGCCCCUUCCCUUGCUCCAGCUGGGUGGGAUGGGGUUGGUCCUGGGGUAGGACCCCACUGAUGAAGACGAUGCCUGCCUGAGUACCGUCCCUCAGGGCUGGGAGAUGCCCUGUCCUCAUGGGAUCCUGAUUGCACAUGGGUGCUGGGGUGCACAACGCACCACUGACUUGCUCCGGGUGCUGGACUGGGUCCCUCAUCCUCAGCCACCGGCAUGGAGGAUGGCAGGACCCCCAGGAUUGAGAUCCCUCUGGGGACCAUGUCAUUGCUCACAGCAGCCCAACCUGGUGCUCAGCAUCCCCACAGGCACAACUGUGGGCCAAAUCCUGCCAUCCUCAGGCUCACAGAAGGGCUGGAGGAGCUGCUCUUCCCAGCUGGAUGCAGGCACAGAAAUUUGGGGUGGUUGUGGCCGCGUUCGGUCCAGGACAGGGGUAUACAUGAUGCAACUGCAGCUGCAGGAGGAAGCCUGGGCAAGGGAUGCUGCUGCCUCCUGCAUCCCACAGCCAGGAUGCACUGGGGGCAGCCCCCCCAGCCCGCUCCCAACCAUCAUCUGUGGCAUGACCUGGGGGUGCUGAACUCAGCUGUGCCAGCCUAUCCUGCCAAGCCAGCUGCCAUACUUGUGUCGCCUGCAGAAAUAAAUGGUGUGUGUCUGUGAGGCACGGAGGGCUGUAUCAGCAUAUUUGACAUGUGUUUGCUCAAAUUGCUGCUCCAGCCACAGGCAUCUCUGUAUUUGGGGGUUUGCCAGGGUCAGAGCCCCCCAUCCCUGCUCCAAGCGUGGGCAAGGGGAGGCUGGGUCUGGCAGUGGGGUGUAGGGGCUGCGAGGGCCACACGGACCCUUCAGGGUGAGGGCACUGGGUGUCAGCAUUGAGCUAGCCCCGGGAGCCAGCACGAAGCUGCCAUAGCAGCUCCUCCGUUUGCUUAAUGUCAAAUAAAUAUAUUAAACCUCCA